CCCGGAAGGAGGAGCGGGAGGUAGCGAGGCUCAGGUUUCUCUGGGCGGCGGCAGUUGGGACGCGACUGGCGCUAGCAUCAUGAAUCCGCUGUAACGCGCAUGCUGCGCGGCACGAGAGGAGGGAGAAAGAGGAGGACGCCGCGUUGAAGUUCACCGCCAUGAACCUGAGGGGCCUCUUCCAGGACUUCAACCCGAGUAAAUUCCUCAUCUAUGCGUGUCUGCUGCUGUUUUCUGUGCUGCUGGCCCUUCGUCUGGAUGGCAUUAUUCAGUGGAGUUACUGGGCUGUCUUUGCUCCAAUAUGGCUGUGGAAGUUAAUGGUCAUUGUGGGAGCAUCAGUUGGAACUGGAGUCUGGGCACGAAAUCCUCAAUAUCGAGCAGAAGGAGAAACAUGUGUGGAGUUUAAAGCCAUGUUAAUUGCAGUGGGCAUCCACUUGCUCCUGUUGAUGUUUGAAGUGCUGGUCUGUGACAGAAUCGAGAGAGGAAGCCACUUCUGGCUUCUGGUCUUCAUGCCGCUGUUCUUUGUUUCCCCCGUGUCUGUUGCAGCUUGUGUUUGGGGCUUUCGACAUGACAGAUCACUGGAGUUAGAAAUCCUGUGUUCUGUCAACAUUCUUCAGUUCAUAUUCAUUGCAUUACGACUGGACAAGAUCAUCCACUGGCCUUGGCUUGUGGUGUGUGUCCCCCUAUGGAUUCUCAUGUCCUUUCUGUGCCUAGUGGUCCUCUAUUACAUUGUGUGGUCUGUCUUGUUCUUGCGCUCUAUGGAUGUGAUUGCAGAACAGCGAAGGACUCAUAUAACCAUGGCAUUGAGCUGGAUGACCAUUGUCGUGCCUCUCCUGACUUUUGAGAUUCUGCUGGUGCACAAGCUGGACGGCCACAACGCAUUCUCAUGUAUUCCAAUAUUUGUCCCACUGUGGCUCUCGCUGAUAACUCUGAUGGCAACCACAUUUGGACAGAAAGGAGGAAACCACUGGUGGUUUGGAAUUCGCAAAGACUUCUGCCAAUUUCUGUUGGAAAUCUUCCCAUUUCUGAGAGAAUAUGGAAACAUUUCAUAUGACCUCCAUCAUGAAGACAAUGAAGAAACAGAAGAAACUCCAGUUCCAGAACCCCCUAAAAUUGCUCCUAUGUUUCGAAAGAAGGCCAGAGUAGUUAUUACCCAGAGCCCUGGAAAAUAUGUCCUCCCACCUCCCAAACUGAAUAUCGAAAUGCCAGACUAAAUGCCACUUACAGAGACAGAGUAUCAAUGAACUGGGACACACUCUGUCUGCACUUCUCUCUGCCUUUUGUUCACCCUCCAGCUCAGAUCCAGAACUGGAGCUGGGCCUCCAGGGAAGUCCAUCUCAUGCCUUGUUUGCAUUCAGUGCCAAUUAGCCACUUACAGUUAUGGGACGCAGACAUGGCAGGGGACUGGGUCAGGUGUCCGUGGGAUGUGGAUGCCAGAGAGAGCAUCAGAGGUGAGGCCAGCCUCCCCCUGGUGGGUGCCGGAGGUGCUUGCUUGGCUCCAUAAUCACCAGGGAAUGGCUGUGUUAUUAGGCUCACAGAAGGAGAAAUCGGUCUACAUGGGAGUUUCCAAAGUGCUAAAAUUUCUAUACCAAGUGUUUAAAAAUGUUUUCCAUUGGGCUUGCCUGCACAUAUAAAACUGAGUGUCUGGUGGUGGGCGGUUGGUGGGAUCUAUAAGAUAUUUCGGAUGCACCUGUGAUGUGUAUAGACACAGCAUAGUCAUCUUUUUUCCUAUUCCCACUGUGAAGUAGUUUGCUUUGGGAGUACCCACAGCAGCUUUUAGUGGCCGCAUUAAUGAGCCCAUUCCAGUGGAGUGACUCCAUGCCUGUACAGUAUUUAUACAAAUAUUUUAGCCUUGUAAUAUACAAUGUCAAAUCCUAGUUCUGUACAUUAUAUCCUGUUAAAGUAUUUUUUUACAAGCUUAUGCUGAAGAUGUUGUGUUCUGCUGAAGAAGGAGAAGGUGACGGCAUCCUAGUGCUGCCCCAAGGGAUGCCACACCUGCAACGGGCAUGCCGUGGACACCCUGAAAUUCCCCUGUGCACAUAGUACCUGCCUCCGCCAGAGCAGCUGUGAGGAGCAACAUGUGGCCUGGUGGAUACCAGGUAGCAAAAAUCCGCAGAGUGUUGCCUGAGGCAGGACUUUGUGGAGCAGUGUCUGUUCAAGUCAAGAGCUUUCUGUAUGCCUGCAACAAAAGCACUUUAGCCCAGGCUUGAGGCGGUCACACAUGAGCACAACUUCUCUGGGUACUUCUGGUUCCACUCUGGAUUCAACUAUCCAGUGAACUAUCCUGUGUAAGAAAGUAAAUAGAUGACUUUUAAGGGAAGGUGAAAAGGAAUGUGGACAUUUCCAUCCAGAAGGAUGUGUUAGGCUGUUAAUGUGGACAGCUGGGAAAUGGCAUAUAUUAGGUGUAAUUCAAGUCCUACGGAUUCUUCAGUCCACCCCGGGCACUGGCCUGUUCUGAAUGAAGGGAAAGGGGGAAACAGAAUUGUGUAGGCUUUUCUGCUCCAUGUGUAAAAAAGAAAAUAGCUAAAUCCACUAUUUUUGCUCCCCUUCGCUGUCAAUAAACAGGUUCUUCAUUUUA